AUGAAUAUAGUAGUAAAUAUUUAUUAUUUAUUUAUUUUUUCUAUUUUUAUUGUAUUUAUUGAAAAUAUUAGUAUUGAUAAUCAAAUUAUUGGUGUUCCAUUAAUACAAUGUACAGAUAACUCAAUUAUAUUUAGUAUAAAGACAAAAAAUAUAUUUAGAGGAAAUAUAUAUAUUAAAGGACAAUAUGGUUUAGAAACUUGUAGACAUGAAUAUUUUCAAAAUUCUGAAAAUUCAGCCACAUUCGUUGUUCGUAUUGGUGAUUGUGGAAUGAAACGUGUUAAACAAUUACAACCACAUGGAAUUAAUUAUAUAUUAGUAUUUGUUACUACAUUUCAUCCACAAUUUGUAACUGUUGUAGAUAAAGCAUAUAAUGUUAGAUGUUUUUAUGCUCAGGCUGAUACUGAAGUUCGUUCAGUUAUAGAUAUUGGAACUAUUCAAAUAGAAAAUUUAGAACAAGCAUCUACACAUAUACCUAAUUGUGCAUAUUCUGUAAGAAUGAGUACUGUUGAUGGGCAACCGGUAAAAUUUGCCAGAAUUGGAGAUCAAUUAGUUCAUCGAUGGGAAUGUGAUAAUCCUGAAUAUGGAAUUCUUGUAAAAAAUUGUUUUGUUGGUGAUGGUGGUUCUGCAGCUGUACAGGUUGUUGAUAGUCGAGGAUGUCCAAUAUUUUCUCCAGUCAUUCAGGGACAAAUAACAUAUUCUGAUAAUUUAAAAUUAGCUUUUGUUCCUGUUUGGGCAUAUAAAUUUCCUGAUCGUUCUCAAAUAUAUUUUAAAUGUCAAAUACAAGUUUGUAAUAUUCGAGAAAAUGAAUGUUUAGGUAUAACGCCACCAAAUUGUCCAAUUAUAUCAAGACAUGAUUUUGUACCAAAUGCUUUUAUUAAUCCAAGUAUUGAUCCAGAUAAAGUUAUAGGAACAUUUACUGCAGAUGAAAUACCUUCAUCUUCUAAAAGUGAAAUCAUUGAAAAUGUAAAUAAAGGGAUAAUAAAAAAUAUUAUCAAUAAUACAGUUAUUCCACCAUUAAUGAAAGAUGCAGUAAAUAAAAUUGUAAGAUCUGUUCAUGAUGUAAAAACAUUCAAACACUUUUUAACAAAUCCAUUUAAAAGGCAGAAAAUAAAUAUGAUAGCUUUAAAUAAUAAUGAAGAGAUAAAAGAAAAUAAUACUACAGCUGAGGAUAAUGAUAUGGAUUUGAUAGAUAAACCUAAAAUAACAAGAAUACGACCAAAGUCGGAGCACAUUUUCGAGACAUUAAAUAGAGUGAAAAGAAAUCUAAGUAUUUUUAAGAAUAAUAAAAAUAAUUAUAAUAAAACAUUUGAAAAUGCUACUGUGAUAGAGAAAAAGCUUAUUGAUGUAACAACAGAUCCAGUAAUAAUUUCAGAUCCAGAAAUUAUAACAAAAGAAAAUAAACCAUUUUUUGAUAAUAAUGAAUUUUUUACAAAAUAUCUGAAACAAACAACAACCAUAUACCCACCGACAUUUGUAAAAUUUAAUUCAGAAUCGUCGGAGUCUUCCUCAUGGUGCUUACAUAAAACAUUACUAACGUUUCUGAUAUUAAUAAUGUUGUUAUUAGUAAUACUUUUAAUAAUCGUAACUUUAAGCCUUCUAAAUUUAUUUUAUCGUUUACGACAUGGUUAUAAUCUUACAAAAGGAUUUUAUAAUUGUAGAGCUGUUGAAACAAGUGACUAUAAUAUUCCACCUACUUUAGCUAAAAGAUCUCAAAUGACUGUAUCUUCAAAUAAUAUUAAAAAAUUUACCACAAAAAAUCUCAAUGAUGAAUUUACAUAUUCAAAGAGAUAUUAA